UGUUCGGUUGUGUGCCAUGGUGCCGAGCAACUGGAUGUUACGUUGAGCGCAAUAGCUAAGCAGCGAGCACUCUUCUUUGGAACUCCCGCUUUCCAACCCUACUUCGAUGUCCAUGACGAUGCUACUCAAUUCCUUUGUUCCUCGCCAAAUUUCGAUUCUCAAUGUCUCAAAUAAAAAUCGGUGUUCGAAUCGAAUCUUUCCCUUUUGCUGUCUUCGAAAUCCGACUGUCGUUUCUUCGUCCUAUGUGUCACUUCAUGCUCAAAGACUCGUGCGCCAUUUCGACCCCACGAUUCCCCUGGAAAAAGCUAUAACUCCUCCGGCCUCAUGGUACACCGAUCCAUCUUUCUUCGAGUUUGAGCUUGAUCGCGUAUUCUAUAGUGGCUGGCAAGCAGUAGGGUGCACAGAGCAGAUAAAGGAUCCACAUGACUUUUUCACUGGCAGACUUGGACAUGUUGAAUUUGUUGUAUGUCGAGAUGAGAAUGGGAAGGUUCAUGCCUUUCACAAUGUUUGCCGUCAUCAUGCCUCUCUUCUUGCAUCUGGUAGCGGACAGAAAUCUUGCUUUGUCUGCCCUUACCAUGGGUGGACAUAUGGAUUGAAUGGAGCUCUUCUUAAGGCAACUAGAAUAGCAGGAGUGCGGGACUUCAAUGAAAAUGACUUUGGGCUUAUACCAAUUGAAGUAGCUAUUUGGGGCCCAUUUGUACUUCUCAAUCUGAACAAAGAGGGUUUUCCUCAAACAGAAGUGGAUAGCCAUCAUGUGGGAAGGGAAUGGCUCGGUAGCAGUGCAGAUAUAUUGAGCACCAGUGGAAUUGAUUCUUCACUCAGUUAUCUCUGCAGACGUGGAUAUACCAUUGACUGCAAUUGGAAGGUGUUUUGUGAUAACUACUUAGAUGGUGGCUAUCAUGUACCAUAUGCGCAUAAAGGCCUUGCUUCUGGUCUACAGCUUGAUUCCUAUUCCAUCACGACGUUUGAAAGGGUAAGCAUUCAAAGUUGUGAAAGCAGCUCGGCAAAAAGGAACGAGAGCUAUGACAGACUUGGAAAAAAUGCUAUAUAUGCUUUUGUUUAUCCCAACUUCAUGAUAAAUAGAUAUGGACCCUGGAUGGACACCAAUCUUGUACUUCCGCUGGGACAUAACAAAUGCCGAGUAGUUUUUGAUUACUAUCUUGAACACUCUCUAAAGGAUGACACAGAUUUCAUAGACAGAAGCUUACAGGACAGUGAGAAAGUACAGAUAGAAGAUAUUGUGCUGUGUGAAAAUGUUCAGAAGGGCCUUGAAUCUCCUGCAUAUUCAGUAGGAAGAUAUGCGCCCACCAUUGAGCAGGCCAUGCACCAUUUUCACUGUCUGCUUCAUGAAAACCUCGCACAUUAAAAGUCUUGGGUCAUCACAGACUAUUGCUGCGGCGUAAGUGCGGGUGUGUUUCAUGAUCAAGAAAAAUGUCGCAUCAUGUUAAUGUUGUUAUUCUCUGGUAAGUAUAAGGUUAUCUUUUCUGAAUGAAUUAUGCUGAAUAAUUUGCCAUAUCCCAGCCUCAUGUCCAGGGAAAGACUUGCUCUCUUACAGGAGUAGUAGUCAAGUAAUCUAUUAAGCUUUUGGUGAUU